GGAUUUUCUUGUUAUUCUUAUUCUAGAUCAAUCUCCGCGAGAUUCCAAUUUCCUCAACCAAAGCAAUCUCUCCCCCGAUAUAAAACGAAGGAAAAAAAAAAAAAAAGAGAGAGAGAAUUCCCAAACCAAUCCUCAUUUUCAAAUUUGGAGAGAUAUUGAGGGUUGAAACUUUGCUUGAGGAAUAGACUAUUGUGGAAAAGCACAGCAGAAGUUUAGAAGUGAUGGAAGUGGAUGGUGCAAGUACCUCGAAUGGCGGUGCAAGUACCUCGAAUGGCAGAGCAAAUGGUGGGCGUUCAAGACGGACAGCUUUCGAUCUUUUUAAGCAGCAACAGCUCCCAGCUUGUAAACCUGUCUUGACACCAGUUUGGGUUAUUACUGCAUUUAUGCUCAUCGGUUCCAUUUUUAUUCCUCUUGGGCUUGUAACUCUUCAUGCCUCUCGUAGUGUUGUUGAAAUUGUUUAUCGAUAUGAUGCUGAAUGUGUACCCAAGGCAUUUAGAGGUAAUAAAGUGUCAUACAUCAAGAAUGGUUCAAUUCCCAAGAACUGUUAUCGGUCUUUGAAGGUGCACAAGCAUAUGAAAGCUCCAAUUUACAUCUACUAUCAGCUUGAUAAUUAUUACCAAAACCAUCGACGAUACAUCAAAAGUAGAAGCGACCAGCAGCUCUUACAUGGGCAUGCACACUAUGAUACAAGUUCCUGUCAACCUGAAGAGUACAACAAUGGUCUCCCUAUUGUCCCAUGUGGAUUGAUAGCAUGGAGUUUAUUCAAUGAUACUUUUACAUUUAUUCGUGGAAGAGCAGAACUCAAGGUCAACAGGAAAAAUAUUGCAUGGGAGAGUGAUCGUGAUCACAAGUUUGGAAAGAAAGUAUAUCCUAUCAAUUUUCAGAACGGGACUCUGAUUGGUGGUGCAAAGCUGGAUCCAGAUAUUCCUCUACAUGAUCAAGAGGACCUAAUUGUAUGGAUGCGCACAUCUGCUCUCCCUAGCUUCCGAAAGCUGUAUGGAAGAAUUGAAGAGGAUUUGGAAGCCGAUGAUGUUGUAUUUGUCACACUGAUGAACAACUAUAACACUUAUAGUUUUGGUGGUAAAAAGAAGCUUGUUCUUUCAACGACAGGCUGGUUGGGUGGAAAGAAUGACUUCCUUGGUGCUGCCUGUAUCUUCGUUGGUUCUUCAUCUAUCAUCUUGUCCAUUGUCUUCAUGUUGCUACAUGUAAAAUAUCGAAGGUAAAAAGGAAUUAUAGGGGUACAUCAUAUUUAUCAUGGAACUGGUAAAGCAUGUCAAGUUGAAAAGAGAAAAACGAGCAAGCUAUACUCUUGAGAACUAUACAGCAAAGAACUGGCGAAGAGAAAGAACUGACCACCUAUGGUUACUUUCAUGUCUGUUUCUCAGCCCUUGUUAUUUUGACAGUGUAUUGUGUGUAUUUACAACAAAACCAUCAUGUCAAUACAAUUCAUUACAACCUGAUGCUCAAAAUCCUUCUACUUUUGUUUAUGCAGCAGAAUAUCACUUUGUUUAAGAACUGUUUUUUAUAAAGGACUUUGCAUCCA